GAUAAUGCCAUUAAGUCAAUCCACACUCAGACUUCAAACCAAACAACACGCUGCAUUACAAGUCAGUCUCUUUACAACCGCGGGGCAUUCAACUCAAAAUGUGCACUUGCCCGGAACAAUGGAAGAACGACGAGGAAAUUCAAAUUUUCCAGGAGUACUUACGCAUUCCCACGGUGCAUCCAGAUGUGGACUAUACUGCAUGCGUGGAGUUCCUAAAACGUCAGGCUGGCAACCUUAAUCUCCCCGUGGAUGUGGUUUAUCCCGUUGUGCCUUCGAAACCUGUGGUGAUUAUGAAGUGGCUGGGCAAGCAUCCCGAGCUGAAAUCCAUUAUAUUGAACUCGCACAUGGACGUGGUGCCCGUGUUUCCCGAAAAGUGGACCCAUGAGCCGUUCGGUGCCCACAUAGACGCCCAGGGCCGGAUUUAUGCACGCGGUGCCCAGGACAUGAAGUCCGUGGGGUGUCAGUACAUGGCUGCAGUCCGUGCACUCAAAGCCAGUGGCUAUCAGCCAAAAAGGACUGUGUAUUUGACCUUUGUGCCCGACGAGGAAACUGGAGGAGUGAUGGGCAUGGCUGAAUUCGUGCAGGGCGACUACUUCAAGGCCAUGAAUGUGGGCUUCAGCCUGGACGAGGGCAUCGCCAGUGAGGAUGACUCUUAUCCUGUAUUUUACGCCGAGCGUACAUUGUGGCAACUUCGAUUUAAAUUCAGUGGCACUUCUGGUCAUGGAUCGCUGCUGCACAAGAGCACGGCUGGCGAAAAGUUUCACCAUGUGAUGGAUAAGCUGAUGAAGUUCCGAGAAACCCAGGUCAAGCUACUGACUGAGGACUCUUCCCUGCAUAUUGGUGAUGUGACCACUUUGAACCUGACCCAACUCCACGGUGGCGUCCAGAGCAAUGUGGUGCCCCCGGUACUAGAAGCCACCUUCGAUAUUCGCAUAGCCAUCAACCAGAAUGCUGAUGCGCUGGAGAAGCAGAUUCACGAGUGGUGUAACGAAGUCGGCGGUGGAGUGGCACUGGAUUUCGCGCUGAAGUGCCCCUCGGUGGUGACCAAGAUAGACGCCUCCAAUCCCUACUGGCUGGGCUUCAAACGGGGACUGGAUGAACUAGGCUUGCGCACCCACACACGAGUUUUUCCCGGCGCCACCGAUAGCUUCUACGUCCGGCAAGUGGGGAUUCCCGCCCUGGGAUUCUCGCCCAUCAACAACACCCCGGUGCUGCUGCACAAUCACGAUGAAUACUUGCGGGCGGACACCUAUCUGCACGGAAUUCAGGUGUACAGGAAGCUGAUCCCCUCCAUUGCUGAUUCAUAGAACGUUCAACCGCACGUUCCACUCGUAAAUGGAAAUCAAUAUGCUACAUUGGGUCUUAUCUCUUAUGAGUAAUGUUUUGGGUCGAUGAGUGUAAGACCAAAAUUAAAUGUAUAAAUGGUGUGACUACUUCAAACCAUAUCUGCUUCUAACUAAAUGAAAACCAAUCACUGAUAACACGAAUUUCAGAACAGCUGUAUAUGUCAUGGACUUUGCCCUCGUUAAUAUCCGAAUCCAAUAAAUCGUCACUGUCAUUGAUAUCGUUCUCAAAAAUAUUAUUGUACUUUGCACAUACUCGUACACAGUUAUUACGAAUAAUUACAUUAC